ACAUCAGUCGAGAUUUUAGAUUUGAAAGCCGGAUACCACUGCCGGAGUGAUGUUUGCAUGAAAUUUGAGAAAAAAUCAUUUUUAAUUUCAGAACGAUGAACGGUUUCGUUGACUUUGUUAAUUAAUCACUUUUGGAUUCCACAAAUGGAUGGUUAAACUGGAAUGUAUUAUGUAUAAAGUGAACACUGGAUUUCAACACAGAUUUCUUCGUUAUGUCGAGCUAUCUAGUAUCAUCACUCGUGGCUGGCGCAGCCGCUGGAACGGCUGUGGACCUGUCGCUCUUUCCACUGGACACCGUUAAAACGCGAUUACAGAGUGCACAGGGAUUUUGGUAUGCUGGAGGUUUUCGCCGGAUUUAUGCCGGAAUAACUCCUGUUAUAGUGGGAUCGGCACCAACUGCUGCAUUGUUUUUUUGCUCCUAUGAAGCUACGAAACGGGGAGCAAGUAAGAUAUUUGGCCCUUCACAGAAAUCCGAACCCUUAGGUCAUAUGCUGGCAGCUAUGGUCGGGGAAGUGAUGGCCUGCCUCAUACGUGUACCAGUUGAAGUUACGAAACAAAGGACCCAGGCUUCUCAGUUAUCUAGUUUUGAAGUAUUGCGAGGCACGAUGCGCACGGAGGGAUUUCGUGGCUUAUACAGAGGAUAUAGAAGCACGGUUCUUCGAGAAAUUCCUUUUUCCGUCAUUCAAUUUCCCCUCUGGGAAUUUUUAAAAGGAUACGUUCAGUCGAGGCAAGAACAGGAUAUAUUUGCCUGGCAGUCAGCCGUGUGCGGCAGCGUAGCCGGUGCAGUGGCAGCGGCAGCAACCACUCCUUUAGAUGUCGCCAAAACCAGAAUAAUGUUAGCCGAGCGCCAGUCUGUCCAAGCCAGAGGAGAUGUUGCUUUAGUUCUUCGAGAUAUUUGGAGUCGCGAAGGGUGGAAAGGGUUGUUUUCUGGUGUAGUGCCUCGGGUGACGUGGAUUUCCGUUGGCGGUUUUAUUUUUUUAGGCGUUUACGAAAAGUUAAAGCCAUGUCCAGUCAUUACUUAGAUGCCUUAGUUUGAAAUUGACUUGAGACCAAUUAUCUG